AUGCAGUUUCCAACCACCGCCACCUUCCUCUCCCUUCUCGCUUUCGCUGCAACAGCAUACACCUACGACACCGUCAGCUUCACUACAUCCUCUUGCCCUGACUGCAGCCAAGCUGUAGGCUGCUCUAUCGAGGCGCGCACCGGGCUACCACCAAACCAGUGCGUCCGCAUGUGGAACGGUGACGCCAGCCUGACUGUCUAUGGUGCCACGAAUCCUUCUUGCAAAGUGAACCUGUACGAGUCUCUCGAUUGCACGGGGACGCCAGAAGUGCAUCAGAAUGCGCAGUGUGAGAACUUCUCGCCUAAGAACUCGUUCAAGAUUACCUGUUAG